UAACAUAUCCUGAAAUUUAACUUUAAGAAGAAAAAGAUUUUCUAACAUUUUAACAGACUCAGUAGCUAUUUUAUUUAAAUGCUUUGAUUUUGAUUACAGUAGCUUUUCUGAAAACAUGGAGAUUUUAGUUUGGGAUUAGAUAAAGAAUAUUUUAAUAAUCAAUGAGCUUAAGUUAAAUGACAUUCCAAUUUUAAUAAUGACUUUUUAAUCAUGGAUCAGUAAUUUCUUUUUGUUAAAUAUGUUGGUAUCAUAAUUAUAGCCUAGAUUUUCUUAUGAUUGACCAUGAUUACUGUUGUAUAUAUAUUUUUGGUAAGGCUUUUUUUAUAACUUACAAUUUAUAGAUUAUAAUUUUCAGUUGAGGUAAUGUAUAAUGUAUACGUUUUAGGCUACCCAAGGAGUUAGUGUUUCUAAAUUUAAAAGAAUCAUUUUCAGUUGGUAGCAUCAUUUCCUGAUUUUUUUUGUUAAAGGAGAUAAAUUAAUAAUUAUAUAUUGAAAAAUUCCCAUGAUAGUCAUAUUCUCUGUAGAGAUCCUGCAACAGUACUUAAUUUAUAGAUGGUAUACAGUCAGUGGUGGCCUAUUAAAAUACUUAGUAUAAAAAAUGUAGUACUUUCUUACCCUAAUUUAUACAGUUUUAUAAGCUAUUCCUUGAGCUUUAGGAUAGUCUAAUAAAUUUUGGUAUAGAAGUGAAUCAGUUACCACAUUAAAUGCAUGUGUACCAUACCGAUAAUUAAGUAUUUUUUUGUAUUGAGAAGUGACUUGCAUUAGUUUUCCCUUUCACCACCACCUCUUUGUCAUUUUGACCCUAAACACUUAAUAAAUCACUCCUAAAUUGAUCGAAAUAUGCUUAUGUAUACUAUAAAAUUAUAUUGCAUGGCUUUCUGACUUGGGUUUUUGUUGUGAAAGUGCCUGUUUUGUUCAUGUGUCCUGAGAGAACAAGCAUUGUGACAUACCUGGCUAACUUAAAAGCAGAUUGCCUGUGAAGCACAAUUUGAGUCCAAUUUUUUGAGGUAUGGAGUUUUAGCUAUCAUGGCUGGGUUUUUUUACUCAAUCUCAAAUAAUAGGGCUCUGGUUAUUUUGCAGAGUAUCUCUGAAGAAUGGACAGAAUUGCCCUGGCUAACUACAAGCUACGGUUCACAGUGGAUAAAUAGAUGCCAGAGUGGUAAAAGACAUGGCAACAGGAAAAUCUAAAGGAUAUGGCUUUGUCUCCUUUUUCAACAAAUGGGAUGCGGAAAACGCCAUUCAACAGAUGGGUGGCCAGUGGCUUGGUGGAAGACAAAUCAGAACUAACUGGGCAACCCGAAAACCUCCAGCUCCAAAGAGUACAUAUGAGUCAAACACCAAACAGCUAUCCUAUGAUGAGGUUGUAAAUCAGUCUAGUCCAAGCAACUGUACUGUAUACUGUGGAGGUGUCACUUCUGGGCUGACAGAACAACUAAUGCGUCAGACUUUUUCGCCAUUUGGACAAAUAAUGGAAAUUCGAGUCUUUCCAGAUAAAGGAUAUUCAUUUGUUCGGUUCAAUUCCCAUGAAAGUGCAGCACAUGCAAUUGUUUCUGUUAAUGGAACUACCAUUGAAGGUCAUGUUGUGAAAUGCUAUUGGGGUAAAGAAACUCUUGACAUGAUAAAUCCUGUGCAGCAGCAGAAUCAAAUUGGAUAUCCACAAGCUUAUGGCCAGUGGGGCCAGUGGUAUGGAAAUGCACAACAAAUUGGCCAGUAUAUGCCUAAUGGUUGGCAAGUACCUGCAUAUGGAAUGUAUGGCCAGGCAUGGAAUCAACAGGGAUUUAAUCAAACACAGUCUUCUGCACCGUGGAUGGGACCAAAUUAUGGAGUGCAGCCACCUCCAGGACAGAAUGGCAGCAUGUUGCCUAAUCAGCCUGCAGGGUAUCGAGUGGCAGGGUAUGAAACCCAGUGAAAAAGGACUCCAUAAUCUAAAGCCAGUGGCUUGAGGCUACAGGGAGUGUAGUAAAGCCGUUGUUUACUUAAAGAUUUAUCAAAUCAGUCAGUGCAAAUGUCAGAUACAAUGUAUUUAUUUAAAAGAUUCAUUUUUUAAUCAUGAAAUUACUUAUCAUCCACAUUGUUUUAAAAAGAAACAAGAUGCUGGAUGUCUGCCAAUUUUUGCCUUCAUUACCUUUUUUGAUAAAGUUUCUCAGAUCCUUGUUUCAAAUACAAAUGCAGGGAUUGCUGCCACUUUUUUAAAAGUAAGAGGCAGAAAAUUGCACAAUGUUGAACUUUUUUCCACUAAAGUAGCGUGCAGUUCUAGUUUGCAUUCCUGAUAUGAUUUAAAACAUGUAAUAUAAAGAUGUUAAAAAAAUGAAGAACCAAAACUGUGCAGAGUCUAGAAGUUCUUUGUAAUCUUCAGCUUGUGCACAAUUCUGUUUUAGGGGGGUUUUUUUUUUGUUUUUUUUUUUUUUUAAGGCAUUGUUUGAACUGUCCCAUCCUCCACUGUUUUCCCUUUGGGGUUUUAAAGUAUAAAUUAUUAGUUUACAUCAUUUUUGUAACUACAUUUUUCACAAAUUUGUCUUGCCUUAUUAAAUUUCUGUAAAAUAUACUUAAAUGGAAAAAAAUGACGUUCACUUAGAUUGAAAACUUUUCUCAGAUGGAUUGAUAAUUGCAUUCAUUUUGUGUUUUAUAUGAGAAGGUGCCUCAAGAAUUCCCUCUUGGAUUUGUUUAAAGGAUUUUUAUCUUCUGUGAUAAACUUUGCUGUGUACCAGGAAAUAUAAAAACAAAAACUUGCUACUAAAGAAAAUCUCUGAAAUGUGAGAAGUUCUUAUGAGCCCGUGUUAAUUUCAUGUGUCAACUUCUACAUUUACGUGUAUUGUUUCAUUCUGUAAAAUGUUUUAGCAAUUUAAUAUUUUGCACAGUUAGCAAGCUUUGUAUGUCAUUUCCUUCUUAAAGGCAUCGUGCAGAGUUGACAGGAGAUUUAUAAGGUUUUAAGUUGUUUGCAUGUGAAUAUCAAAUACACACUUUGGUAGUCUUUGAAUACAAAGUCAUCUGCUCUUGUUUUUCAAGAAUUUUGAGACACAAAGUUGUAUGUAAAGGAAUAUGUUAAUUUGCCAUUUUCUAGUUAUAUUUACUCAAAAAGAGUAAAUCAACUUAAUUUUAAUAUGUACAAAUGAUAGCUGUGAAACUGUAGACUAUCCUAUAUCAGGCUUGGGGUUCGUUGUGAACUUCAAAGUUAGCCUGAAGGACCAGCCGGGCAAAGCAUUUUUUAAAUGUUCAGAGGCCAAAAGAUAAACAAAAAAAAAAAAAAACCUUAAAAUCCUACCUCCUUAAACAGCCUUCAAAGAGGAGAAUCCUCAGUGCAAUCAUUAUUUUUAUUCUUUUGGUACCUGUUUUCCCGGAGUUCCCAAUUUUAUUAUUUUGGGGUGGCUCCGAGCAUUAAGAGGUUUAAUCUUUGAUGGCAUUGUUCUAGUUUUAAAAUUUCUAGUACAUUUCAGAGUCUCUUAGAAGAGUCGUGGGAGAUUUCGUUUUGUUUUCAGUGAAAGUCACAGACUUCCUUCUUCCUUUACUCACAAAGGGGAAGAGUCCCCCAUAUACAUAUUUGGAUGGUUUGUUGUUUUUAAGACCUUCAGAGAGCUCCUAGCAUUUAGUAACAGAAAAGGCCUGUGAAAUCUUAACUUUCCUGGCCUUGUCUCUUCCAGAUAGGAGCAAAUUAAGCUGGUCUCUAAAGCCAAUAUUCAUGUAAACCAGAGCCCAGGAAAGACAGCUCAUAAGUGUAUAAUUCUCUGGAGCUCAAUUCUAUGCAGUUGUACUGAUGUUUAAGUCACUGUGUAUUUUUAAGUGUUGAUACAUUAAAAGUUGCUUUAUGGAAGAUGAGUAAAUUUUUUAAAUACUUGGGAAUUUUAUUUCCUUGUUAACUUCUACAGAUCAGGGCAUGCAACCAGAAGCAGCUUAAAUGAAAUACUCAAAAAUAAAAUAUCAGGAAGCUAUUUUUCGAUUCUUCUGGUUUAUGUUUCUAUUUUAGGACCCUCAUUUUUCUUAGUCAAAAAUAUUUUGUUUCCUGUACAUCUGUGGACUGCAGGGUAAAUUAUUUGGACAUAAGUAAUUUAAGCAAAAGUAUAGUUUUCUUUGAUCGACUAUCUCAAGUAACACUUAUUAGCCAAUAUAUUUUCUUAUUGCACAAAUCUUAAAGUGUACAUUGACUACUUUUUGAGAAGAAAGUGGUAUUUCUCAAAAAGUGACUACUGAACAAAUGGACAUUUCAGGAACAUUGAUAACUUUGGUUUAAAUCUUACUCCUAGUGUUAAAUCAUUUAAAGUUUUUUUUUUUUUUUUUUUUAGUCUAAAAAUCAUACUGGUAUCAGGUAAGAAAAUUAAAGUUUUGAAAAUGGUUUCGUUCUCUGCAAUAUGCAUUCAGAUUUUACUAUAAAAUACAUCUGGUACUGUAAAGAACCUGAAGUGAUUAACACUUAAUGGGUCGUUAAUCCAGUAUUCUUUGCCCUGACUGUUUGGAUAUUAAAGUUCCUUUAUGUUUUCUAUAA